UCGCAACGUCUCUCUGGGCGGGGCUGCCUCGGACUCGGCUCGACGCCGCCCAGGCCCUGCCCUGGCCCCGCCGCGGCCGCCUCGGACGCCCACGGGAUGGAGGGUCGGCCAGAGCCGCCCCCUUCCUGCUGGACCGCGCCCGGAGCGCCUCAGCCAGAUUUGCGGUUGAGCUUUGCGGAGCGGAGCGCACGAACCGGCUCGGUGCCUGCUCCUCCAGCCUGCUUUCUCGCGAAGGGAAGGAGAAGAGGAUUCUCAAAACAGGACCAUCUUAACCUGCUAAGGAGAGAGGAAGAGGAAGGAGCAGGGCACUGAUUCGAGGGCAUCCGGCUGGAAGUGUUUAUCAGGAUCCGGACCCAGAAUUAGCCAGAGGAUCCCGCGGUGAGGCAGGACUGCGAAGAGAAGCUUCAUGUGGUGCUGAAGGGGUCCUCCUGAGAAAAGGCACAAACCAAGGAGGAGGUCCUGAAUUGGAGGGGCACUUCCUUCUGCUGCCCCCCCCCCAGGAUGACAGCACAAUUCAUUGCAAUGGAGAAGACCAUCGAGGCCUCUGAGCUGCUGGAGAUGGUGGUGGAGACUGAGGCCGGAGCCGGGGCCAGGGGACUGAGCGUGGCCGGUGGAGGGAAGGAAGGCCUUUUUGUGAAGGAUGUGCUCAAGGACUCCCCAGCUGCGCGAGUGCUGAGCCUCCAGGAAGGCGAUCAGCUCCUGAGUGCCAGAGUUUACUUUGACAACAUAAAGUAUGAAGAUGCCCUGCAGAUCCUCAAGUGUGCUGAACCGUACAAAAUCUCCUUCUGCCUGAAGCGGGUGGUUCCCAGCGCAGACGUCUCCCGCAAGCCUGGAGCCACCGUCUUUGAAGUGAGAGGCCCCAAAGCCAAGAUGGCCAAGCUGAACAUCCAGAGUCUCUCCUCCCUGAAAAGGAGGAAGAAGAAGAAGAGGAGGAGGAUGGUGUCACAGAGCCUGCAGGAGACGGAGGCACACCUGGCAGUCGGGAAGCCUGAGGGGCCCCCGGUUGAUGUGGAAUUCUCCUUCCCCAAGUUCUCCAAGCUGCGCAAGGCCAGGAGUGCUGGAGAGGUGGCCAUGGCUGAACUGGGCCCAGACAGUUCGUGGAAGUUGUCCUCCCUAGAGACAAAACAACACCGGCUGAAGUUCCCCCGCCUAAGGGUCAAGGAAGCGGCUGCAGCCGAGGCCCGGCUUGCCAUGGGCCUGCCCCACGUUGGUCUGGAAUUGAAGAAGGCAGGCAGGGGAGGAGGAGGCGAGGGGAAGAUGUUCCGAUUCACCAUCCCUUUUUCCAAAACAAAGAAGCCCAAGGAAGAAGCCGGGCCAAAAAUGGACGUGGGAUUCCAAGCCCCACAAGUUGAAUUUGCUCUGCCUAAAAUGGGGCCUGAGGAGGAGUCGCUCGAGGCCGGCCCCAAAGGUGAGAGCCUUGCUGUCUCAGAGUCUCGGCUCGGGUGGCCCAAAGUGGAGGCUGCCUUGCCCAAAGGAAGUGCCAGUGCGCUGGAGACCCACCCAGGCCUUCUCCAAGCCGGGCUGAAGCUCCCUGCAGCUGAAGUGGCAGCUCCCAAGGUGGACGUAGACUUGGCCCUGCCCAGGUUGGAGUGUGCUGCCCCAGAGGCUGCCCCUAAAAGAGAGGGGUUCAGGAUCAAAGUCCCCAAGUUUGGGAUCUCUGUUGAGGAAGCGGAACUGAAGCUGCCCUCGGUGAAGGUUCCUGACCUGGAAAUGGCCCUGGGAGAAAGUCGGGAAAAAGUUUUGGAGGAGCAGCUGAGACCAGGAGGGGCAGCGCCUUCUCUGGGCAUGGUGACUCCUGGUGUGGCUCUAGAGCUCCCCUUUCCCAAGGGGAAGACAGGUGUAGAAAGCCCUGAAAUCUCGGUGAGACUCCCCUUGGUCAACUUAUCCCAGCUGGGCUCCAAAGCCCAAGAAGGAGCAGGCAAGCUGCCACAGGUGGAAAUCAGCGUGGGGAAACCAGAGAGCCCCAAGGCAGACAAGACGAAGGGCUCCGUAAUUCAGCUGCCUGGCCUGGAGAUUUCCCUGAGGGAGCAGCCUUUGGAGAGCCAGGAGGCAGCUGGAGUGGCAGGUGGUACUCAGGUGAGGCUCCCUGAGGUGAGGGUGCUGUCUCUUGACAUCUCUGCUCCCAAAGUCCAGGAUAUGCACCUGUGCAAGGCAAUGGGGGAACCAGCUGCCCCUUCUGGAAAGGCAAAACCCAAAGAGGCUGCUGAAGGGGCUGGAUUUAAGUUUCAAAUGCCUCAAAUAUCCCUCCCAAAAUUUGAUUUCCCUGGCAAGGCAGCUCCCUCCCCUCCUCCAGUCCAGGUCAAAAUGCCGAAACCGGAAGGAGACCUGGGAACAAAAGUCAGCCUCCCAAAGGUGGAUGUUUCCUUGCCAGCAAUGCAGAUGCCAGGUGUGCAACUUCCUAAGGUGCCAAAGCCAGAGGUGAGCAUCUGUGCUGUUGAGAAGCCAAAGGUUGAGAUGACCGUUCCUCCAGCCCCACUGAGUGUUGCAUCUGCAACUCUGCCUGAGCUGGACAUUGAGCUGCCAAGGGUUGGGGUGGAGCUGGAUUUGGCACAGCGUGAAAGAGAAGUUUCUGAGCAGGGACCUAAAGCCCAGGAGGUCACCCUAGAGACCCUGAGCAAAGAACUGGAGGUAGAAAUCAGCCUUCCAAAGUGUGAGGUCAGCAGGCCUGAGCUGGGGCCAGGGAUGAAGAGCAUCGAAGGGCCGUCCCUCGCUGGGAUGGUAGCCCAAUUCCCUAAGGUGGGCCUUGCCUUUGAGGAGCAGCCAGAGGACGCUGAAGGGCCAAAGGCUGACCUAGAAGGAGCCAAGGUGAAGCUGCCAACUGUGGAGAUCUCAUCAAUAUGUCUCCCAGAGACGACGGCCGAGGGUCAGGCCAAGGCAAAACUAUCCCGAUUUGCCCUGUCCAAAUUCAGCAUUUCUGGCCCCAAAGUCUGGAGCAAAACAAGCCCGGAAGUUGCGGUGUCUGGAGUGGAGGGCACAGAAGCUGCCAACCUGGGUUCAAAGCUGAAAUUGCCAAAGUUUGGGAUCUCUUUCCCCAAAUCAAAAUGGGCAGCAGAGGCAGAAGAUGCCAAAUUAGCCCUUAAGGUUGAAAGGGCUACGGAGAGCAGAAUGAAGUUGCCCACGGUGGAGGUGGAUAUUGGCCACCCCCAAGGCAUGGAAGGAUGGUCUGAGGGAGACGGGGAGGGAACCUCUCCUGAACUCCUCGGGGUCAAGUUUAAAGGGCCAAAACUAUCACUACUGAGCUUUGGGGUCAAAGGCAAGGAGGAAGAGUGGGGUGCCCUAGAGAGUGGGGAGGUAAAGCUGCAAGGCAGCAAGGAGGGCUUGACAGGGCAGCUGGACCCCAGGAUGCUGGAGAAGGACUCCAAGGCUACUUCCAAGUUCAGGGUAGUUUCUUUGGGACUCGUGAGAAGAGAAGUAGAGGCCAAAGCCAAGAAGGUCCCUGGGCGUCCAAAGGAGAAACCCAAAGGCCCAUUUGGGAAGAUGUCCCAGCUGAAGCUUCCCUCUCUGACGGCCCAAGGAGAGAGACAGAAAUUCCACCUUUCAGCUCCAGAACUAGAUGGGAAAGUCCUCCCCCAGAUAGAGUUGCCAAAGCUUGCCCCCAGAGCCAAGGCAGGUUUGAUCCCAGAGCCGGAGAGUCCUGGUUUCAAGGUUCAGGUGCCAUCAGUGGAGAUUGCUGUGCCUACUUCCAAAGCUGAAGGAGCGGCAACUGUGGAGAAACCAGCAGGAGAUGCAGCCAAGGCUGAGAUCCAGCAGCAGGAGGGAGAACUCAAGAUGCCCAGAGCGCCUUCCAUCCAGGUGUCUGCUCCCACACUAGAGCUGGGCAUCGGUUUGUCCAUAGCUGGUGAAGAAGGCAUUCUCCAGGUAGCCCCUGAUAUAGGGGCCAAGAUCAAGCUGCCAAAGGUGGAGCUGGCGAAACUUGGGAAGGGCGAGGAGGGCAGGACAGAGGCGGCCAUGCAGCUGCUGGGGAAGGAUGGGGAGAAAGACCUAGAAGGGGUGGCUGAAGCCUCUGCCCUGGGCACCAAGGUGCGGCUGCCUAAAGUAGACAUUUCCUUCCCCAAGGCCUGGCUGCCGGAGGUGGAGCUGCCUCCAGCCAAGGUGGAUCUUGGCCCGGAAGGGCCAGAAGCAAAGUUCAAGAUGCCUUCAAUGGGGCUGCCAAAACUCAGCGCCCCAAAAGUGAAGGCUCCAGAGCUAGAGCUUGAUGUGGGUUUGGAUGGGGGAGGGAUGACGCCCAAGGUCACAGUAGGCACUCCUUCAGUAAAGUGGCCCAAAUUUGGGGCCUCAGGCUCAGUGGGAGAAGGGCAGGGCAAGGAGGAUUUGCCCUGGGUCCCCCAAGUGGAGUUGAAGCCUCCCAAAAUCAGGGGAAGCACAGACGCCUUGGCCUCUGAAACGGGGGUGAAAGAGGGCCGACUGAAGGUGCCCACUCUGCCUCUUGGCCUUGGCAAACUGGAAACACAAACUGGGACGGGAACCGAGGAGAGCAGAUUCAGGCUGAAGCUCCCGUCCCUUGGCGUCUCCAAGCCAGAGGCUGAGUUGAGCCUGGAUACCGAGCCCCUCUGCCCUCCUGCCGAGGAGGCAGCGCCUGCCUUCAGGAUGCCCCAGAUUGCUUUGCCCGAUGUCAGCUUCUCGGGGGAUCAGGAGAGGGGGGAGGAGGCCAAGGUGGCAGGGGCAACAAAUCUGGAGGGGGGGCUGGAGAUGCUGAAGAUGCCCAAAAUAGCUAUCACUGCAUGUGGGGUAGUAGGCACCGAGGAGGGCACAGAGAGGGCCACUUCUCCAAGCCAGAGGGGUGCGGGUGGGGGGGAGCCGGAGGGGAAGAAAUUGGUUUUUAAGGUUCCUGGCUUGGAAAUUUCUGCUCCAAGUCUCAAAACCCAUGCUGAAUAUGAGGUGGGGGCCCCCCACACCCAGCAGAGGGGAUCCCUGGAUCUGGAAGGGGCAGGCAGGGAGGGCUGGAAGCAGACCGACCGCCAUUCAGAUGCAGGGAAGCGACUCAGGGUGAGGAUCCCCAAGUUUGGCCUCUUCCUGCCCAAGGGGGCCACUGAACUCAACGGGGGAGCUGAGGCGGCUUCCUCCAAGGCGAAGGUGUCCAAGCUGGGCUUUUCCAAGGCCCAGGGAGCCGCCCAGCUGCAGGGAGAGAAGGCAGAGGGGUUGCUCCAGGGUGGGGCGAGCAAGUUGGGGAAGAUCCCACUGCCCCAGGUGGAACUCCUGUCUCCCUCUAAGGGGACUGAGAGUGACCCAGAGCUGAGCCUCAAACUGGUGAAGGCAGAGGAGGCCAAGGAGGAAGGCCACAGCGGGGUCGCUAUUCCCGCUGCCCUCAAGGCUGCCAAAUUCAAGCCCCUCAGGAUCACGCUCCCUGGCUUCAAGAAGUGCAAUGGGGAGUCGGCCCCCGACGCAGUAACUGCACCCAGGCCCCAAACGGAAACGACUGUCAAAGGGGAGCCGUCCAGCAAGUUCAGCUUUCCAAAAUUGGCAUUAAGCUCCAGACCCCAAGAGGUGCUGGAGAUCUCCAAGCACCAGCAGGACGAGGAGAGGGGCAACUUCAGGCUGCUGGCUGUGGCUGUGUCUGCAGAGAGUGGCCCUGGGGGGGAGGGCAGGAAGCUUUCCGCAAAGGAGGCGCUCUGAAUCAGCUGCUCCCCCUUCUGGCUCACAAUGUGUAUAGUCCAGCACUAACCGUGAGGAGACAGGCCUUGGCAGGGGGAGGGGCAGGCUGGCUGGCACAUGCGUAGAGCCGCCUCUCUGAUAGGCUUCCUUUUUUAACUGCCCCUCCACGGCGGGCCUCCUUCUCCUUUGCUGCAGGGGCAGAUUGGAGGGAAGGGAACCCCGGCUGUGCCUUGAAAGAGGAAGCCAGUCCAGAAAGGGAUGCGGACCUGGCAAGCCUGUCGGGCACUACCCCCUGCCUCCCGGCACUGAUUGCAAUUGGGACAAAGGAGUUACCUGCUUCUUUCCAUUGGAAGACGGGGCCCUCCCUAUCCCAGCUCCUUUGACAACACUAAUUCUGUAACUUUAGAAUGGGGGUGGGUGGGUGGUGGAAGAAGUUUUGAGUGGGGAAGCAGCUGGGGCUGUUCCACGGGUGUUCUGUUUAUAAAAGGGAACACCGGGGCAGAUGACAGCACUUGGAGCAGGGCACACCUCACGUUGAUGCUGCAAACAAUGGGACACUCCUCAUCCAGAGGGCUGGUGGGAGACAUGCCUGCAGGAGGAGGAUGCUGAGUCUGCAGGGACAAAAGGGCUGCCCAGGAGAGGCUGCUUCCGCUGCCUUCACUUGGUACCUCCCCCCCCUUGGUCUUCUUGUCUAAAGGAAUAACCUGGGAAUAGCCCACCUGUGGCACCAAGGGGGGCCCUGGCCCUGGGAAAUGGGUAAGGAGUAAGGGCAAUUUAGGUGGGCCUCUUCCUCUUUUCUCAGAUGGGGCAAAAUUAUUCCAUGUGCUCUGAAUGUACAGAAACCUUUUAUUCUAAUGUUUAACCAAAGUGGCCUACUGAAGUGCCCCUUUUAAAAAACCUAAAGGAUCUGAUAACUGCUUUCCUCCUAGAUUAUGAUUAUCUCAGAUAGCCUGUUCUACAGCUGCUGCUUGUUUUCCACCCUGUUUGAAUAAAAAUUAAUCUGUGAACUAAUUCCAUUA